AUGCCACCCAAUACAGCUUGCCAACACACAAAACUUCACCUCACAACAUCUCCCCACGCUGCCGAAGCGGGUUACACUCAUCCAACCCGCUCAGCUCUCUCCAAGGCCGCCACAACUGCCCGCAAAAUAACAAGUCACAACCCUCCACCAACAACUUUCCCAGCACCUCUGGUCCUUCCCGAUGACGACCUCUCCCUUGAUCCAAAAUAUCCGCCACAGUCUUUACUAAGCUGGAAGCGGUUAAAGGCGCGAAAUGCCAUAACUUCACUUCGUAAUAAAAUUUACUAUUUAAACUUACCAGUUCGCUCCUCAGAUUCCCCAGAGUUCCAAAGUUGGGCGACCCCAAUAGACCCGGAAACCAAAUCUCAGAUUCAUGGGCCUCCUAGUCCCCUAUGGAAAGAUGUAGUAGACUACCUUUCCGCCUUCUUCCAUCCCUUAGAACUAGUGGAAUACCCUUCCAUAACUACAAUCUCGAAAUGGUCUUCAAAAUCUCAGCACCUAGUUCUAUCUACUUCUUCAUCUCGUAGCGGCGUUCAACUCCGUACCAGGCCCUCUCCAGACGGUCCGGAGUCGUCGUGUUACACUCAUCAGUUGAGUUUAUUGGAUAUUCUCGAUUUUGCAAUUGAGAUUUUACCCGAGGAUGCAUAUGCAAUCAUCGUUUUCACACAUCACGAUUUAUACGAAAGCGAUGAGGACGAUUUUUGUAUCGGUCGAGCAUUUGGUGGAAGUAGAGUAUGCGUUGUAAGUUCGGCACGCUAUCAUCCUUUCUCAGAGGAGUUGGCCGGGGUCGGUAGUGAGGAAUUUGGCGGUAAAAGGCACGAUUGGCCUGGCAGUCACUGUGCAGAGUUUGUUCAAAAGAUGUGCCAGGAAUCCGAGGGACCGGCUAGAAAAACAAAGAAAGCGAAAACUACAUCAGCCCCGGAAGCUGAAGGGGCAAAAAUAAACCAGUCUUUGGAAAACACGCCGAUGUAUAGGGCUAUUACAGCGCAUAGAUCAGAAAAUCCUGACGGUGUCAAGCAUCGCGAAUAUUUAAGAGCCAUCUGGUUGUCUCGACUAUGCAAAACAGCUUCUCACGAGCUACUUCAUUGCUUUGGGCUUGAUCAUUGCGUAUACUACGCAUGUAUGAUGCAAGGCACGACGAGUAUUUUAGAAGAUACACGACAGCCGUUCUAUCUAUGUCCCAUUGAUCAAGCCAAGUUAAAAGAAGCGCUUUCAGGCAAAAAUGAAAAUAUUGGAAAGUUAUCGAAAGAUGAAUGGGAAUUAGAGUGGUGUGGUAGAAUGAAGGUUUUUUGUGGUGAGAUUGUCACUCGCGACAUAUCAAUGGGAUGGAGACCUAUAAUAGCUUGGUUAGAAGGAAGAAUCGAAGAACUCGGAGAUCAAGAUGGAGCAGAUGAAGUAGAUGGAACCGAGGGAACGAAGGAAGACCCAAUAGAAGUAGAGUGA